ACCUGCUUCAUUUCGACCCGCACCUUCCAGUAGUCUCUCAUUCACCAUCACGCGAUUUUCUUCACUGCGCCUCACCCUCUUUCGUGUGAUCCGCCUCUUCUCGCCGUCGCUAUGGCCGCUGCCAAGCAGGCCUUGCAGAAGGCCCUCGAGCCCAUGUGGAAUUGGGCGUCUCGCCGCUAUCAGGCUGCCGUCGCCAAGGAGCUCAAAAAAUACGGUUUGCGGUACGAUGACCUUUAUGAUGACAUGUAUGACUUGGACAUCAAGGAGGCUCUGAGCCGGUUGCCACAGCAAGAGGUGGACUUGCGCAAUCAACGCCUGAAGCGGGCGAUGGACUACUCCAUGAAGCAUCAGUACUUGCCCAAGGACUUGCAGGCUAAGCAAACUCCGUAUGAGCCCUACUUGCAAGACGCUUUGCAGUUGGUAAAGGAAGAACGCAAAGAACACGCAGAAUUGGGUUCGGAUCUGCCUUACACUCGUUCUUUGCCGUGAGACACGAAGAUAGAUUUUCAUGAUGUCCAACCAGUUUCUUUACAGAGACUGCACAGCUGUAGGGUUUUCUUUCACAAACAAAAUUUGUAGUAAAGAAUGCUAUUGAAGGCUGACCGUAACUAGGAGUCUGUGAAUUGGACUCCGAGUUUGAGGCGCUGGUCGUGGUUGUCCUUUAUAGGUCCUUAUUUCAUGACCUUUAGGCGUGUUCUAUCUAAUAAAACUAGACUACAAUUCUGAAUCGAA